ACCUUGACUCAGUGCCCAACUCACCCUUCUCCUUCUCUCCACCCCCCUUCCAUCACCCAUCAACCAAACCCGACUCUUUCCGACCCGCUUUCUCUAACACUCCCUUUUAUUGCAAUUCUGCAAACCCUUUCUCUCCAUCUUUCUGCCCAUUCUCGUCUUCUUCCGCUCCCUCCCGCCGUCGUCUUCCUCCGCCUUUCCACCUCCGCAGCAGCUUGGGUGCACCGGUUUCUCCCCAACAUUCGCACGCAGUGUAUCCCCGACCUCCACCGGCGGUCGAUUUCCCCAUUUUAUAGGGGUUCCGCUCAGUCCUCUGGGAAGGCAUUUUUAUUUCCCCUCCAAUGGUGGCGUUCAAUUUUCCCUCCUCCCUCCCUCCCUCGCUCUCCGGAUCCCAGGGUUUGAGUGGACAGUGAAGUUGGGUUCUUCAGCAUAAUUUUGCUGGGGAGAGGGCGUGAUUUUGGGUUGAUGUCACCUUGAAUGGCUAUAGAAAAGAAUUGCUUCAAGCCAUCAAAAUUGGACUCGGAGCUUUCUUCACACAGUAGGGAAGUAGUGAUGUCUAGUGACGAGGAGGAGUUCCAGCGGUAUAACAAUAAUUCUAGUGCCGUUGAAUCCGAAGAAGACGAUGACGAGGAGUUUGACGAUUGUGAUUCAGGGGCCGGAUCAGACGACUUUGAUUUGCUGGAACUAGGUGAGUCUGGGGAGGAAUUCUGUCAGGUUGGGGAUCAGACUUGCAGCAUUCCUUUUGAACUGUAUGAUCUCCAGGGUUUGGGUGAUGUCUUGUCCAUGGAUGUCUGGAAUGAUGUCUUGAAUGAGGAAGAAAGGUUUACUCUCACACAGUACCUUCCUGACAUGGACCAAGAAAAUUUCAUGAGGACAUUGAUAGAGCUUCUGACGGGGUGCAAUUUGCAUUUCGGGAGCCCUCUCAAAACUCUGUUUGAUAUGCUGAAGGGAGGGUUGUGUGAGCCAAGAGUGGCACUUUAUCGCCAAGGAUUGGUGUUCUUUCAGAAGCAUCAUCAUUAUCACACCCUGAGGAAGUACCAGAAUGUGAUGGUCAACACUUUUUGUCAGAUUAGGGACGGAUGGCGAAACUGCAGGGGAUACAGCAUUGAGGAGAAGCUCCGCGUUUUGAACAUCAUGAAAACUCAGAACAGUUACAUAUCUGAGAAGAUGGAAGAAAUGGAAGAGAGUGAUGAAUCUGAGAGAGAGGAUUCCGGCGAUGCCUCGUUUUGGAGUAAGAGAGUCAAAGAUCGAAAACAUGGACAAGUUUUACUAUAUCCUGGAAAGCAAAUGACUGUAGAAACUGCAAAAUUUGGGAAGCAAAAUUCAAAAGGUGCGUUGAAGUUAACUGGGACAUCUACUGCAAAAGAGUUUUCUGGAAGCUUCCCAUCCGUUCAUCAUGAAAUGGACACUAGAGCUGGGACCUUCGGUGCACUGCCCCUUUCUCAUCAUAUGAGAGAUCGGUUAUUGGGCGAUGAGGAUGACGAUGGAGGAAUGCAUGAAGUGGCGGUUCAGAGAGAUAGAAACUUCUCUCGAGCUGGGGUGAAGGAUAAAUCAGGGAAUUUAAAGAUGAGGAGUAAACUGGAUGGAUUGAGAACUGAAGAAGAAUACUUUGAUGGUUUGACUGGACGUUCUGUGCCUUUGAGAACAGAGUUUUAUGGACCUGGCAGGAAAAAGGCUGGCAAUCAGUUGUUCAGUGUCCAGGGGUUGAACAAAUCCUUGAAUGGUAGAGCUCCUUUAGAUUUUGGGAAUAAAUCAAACUAUGUUGAGAAUCUACAGCAAUAUCCUUUUGAGAAUUAUAUGAUAUAUGGGAAAGGUCGGAGUCCAAAUCCAUCUCUAAAAGGAGGCCAAGUGGAAUUAGCUGAUGAUUGUGAGCCAUUUUGGCAUGGUAACGAACAAACGGGUCCUAAUUAUUAUAGCAACCAAUCUCAUCGGAAAUAUGGUGAUUGGAAUUCCAAAAGCAAAAAGUUGAAGCAUCAAGAGCCUUCUGAGUUUCAUUCAGGAUAUGCCAAAGCAAAACCAUUUCAAGGGAAGUUCAAGGCAUCCUUGCACAUUGAUCAACGAGGUGGGGCUGGGUCCAACAAAGGCAGAAGGGAAAUUAUAAAAAACGAAGACACCGAAUCUGAUUCAUCAGAAGGAAUUGAUGAAGAAGAAGAUGAUGCUGACAACAAUCCCUUGCUAAGGAGCAAGUUGGCAUUUCCUUCUGAUGCCCUCCCAGAUAUGAAAUCUGGCUCAGAGGCUAAUAAGAAGGAUCAAUUUGUUCGAAAAAACACAAAGGGUGGGUUUCUGCCUCAUGAUUUUGAUGAACCAUUAUUAACUUCAUCAAAAGCGGGGACGAAUCUUGUCUCACAGAAGAAUGGGAAGAAGGGUAAGAUGCUGCUGCGUGAUCAUGAGCAUGUGAAUAUUUUAUCUGCUAAAGACUUGUGUGGCAACUACUUAAGUGGACAGGGGCAUCAUUUCAUAGGUGAUCAUGAUGAGGAUGAUGAUAACCAACCAAUCUACAACAUUGCAAGGAAUGACCGUAUUAAAGGGGCAUUGUUGAAAGGAGAAAUUAGACAUGAGUUUUGUGGUCCCCAGUCAAAUGGUAUGCCUGAAAUGUAUGGUGGUGAUCAUCAUCUAGAAAGAUCCGAGUUACAGUUAAUAGGGUGUAACACUACAGCAAAGAAGCGCAAAAUCAAAGAGGGACUCUCGUUUAUUGAUGAGCAAGCUGCUGACAAUAAUGAGUAUAGUUAUACACAUCAGUUGCAGCAAGCAGAGGAUGUGGGCUCUUCGAAGAAGCAGCGGGGGAAAAAGAAAUUGGAAAGCGACACAGAAAAAGGAGUCUCUGAGCUGCUGCCACCAUUGGAUAUCAGUAUUAACGAAGACGAUAGUGCUCAUCAUCACCAAGAAGCCAUACAAGUGCAGAAAAAACCAUUCACUUUGAUCACACCUACUGUCCAUACUGGCUUCUCCUUCUCCAUCAUCCAUCUUCUCUCAGCCAUUCGGGUGGCUAUGGUCACUUCCCUCUUAGAAGAUUCUAUGGAGGUCGUUAGCAAGAAAGAAGAUGACGGAGUUCGAACCCAAGCAGCAGAGUUGUUGGACAUCAACAAUAGCUCACUUUCUCCUUCUCAUGAAACGAGGGCUACCCCGUCUCUAGAUAUUCAAGAAAUUGUUAACCGUGUGAGAUCCAACCCUGGAGAUCCCUCCAUUCUUGAAACCCAAGAACCGCUCCUAGAUCUGGUCAGAGGGGUCCUCAAAAUAUUCUCAUCAAGAACAGCACCGUUAGGAGCAAAGGGAUGGAAGCCUCUUGUUGUUUAUGAGAAACCAUCAAAGAGUUGGUCCUGGGUGGGCCCAACUCAUCACGAGGCACCUAUGGAUGAGGAGGAAGUCACCUCUCCAGAAGCAUGGGGCCUUAACCAUAAAAUGCUUGUUAAGUUAGUUGAUUCUUUUGCCAACUGGCUGAAGAACGGUCAGGAGACACUCCAGCAGAUAGGGAGUCUUCCCCCUCCUCCUUCCUCAUUGUCGCAGUAUAAUUUGGACGAGAAAGAGCGGUUUAGGGAUCUGAGGGCACAAAAGAGUCUCAGUACCAUUACUCCUAGCUCCGAAGAAGUAAGAGUUUAUUUCCGGAAGGAAGAGGUCCUCAGGUAUUCAAUCCCUGACAGGGCCUUUUCUUACACGGCCAUCGAUGGGAAGAAGUCUAUUGUGGCCCCCUUGAGAAGGUGCGGCGGCAAACCGACAUCAAAAGCCCGGGACCACUUUAUGCUUAAAAGGGACCGACCGCCACACGUGACGAUCCUGUGUCUUGUACGGGACGCAGCCUCACGACUACCCGGAAGUAUCGGGACCAGAGCCGACGUGUGUACUCUGAUCAGGGAUUCACAGUACAUUGUUGAGGAGGUUUCUGAUGCACAGGUCAACCAAGUGGUCAGUGGCGCGUUGGACCGUUUGCACUAUGAACGGGACCCGUGUGUGCAGUUUGAUACGGAGAGAAAGCUGUGGGUGUACUUGCACAGAGAGAGGGAGGAAGAGGAUUUCGAAGAUGAUGGGACCUCAUCCACUAAGAAGUGGAAGAGGCAAAAGAAAGAAGCUAAUGAAGAUGUUAUUCUUGACCAACAAGGAGGGGCUGCUGCUGCUGCCGCUGCUGCUGUGACCAUUGCUUCUUACCACGACGAUGAUGAAGAUGGUGGGGAUCUUCCUGGCGAGGACAAUUUUGAUGAUGGUGAAACAUAGAGAACCAAAAACCACCUUCUUCUGGAUGUGUGUUGGGUGGUGGAUGCAAGCUACCGGCGCGCGUGAUCGUAUCAUGAUUGCUGCUACAAGGUCUGCUACGCUCUGCACUUCAAGAAGUUUUAUGUAUAUUUUGUGAUGCAUAUUACAGUAGCACUCUGAUUAUAUGAAUAUUAUCCUGGUGGAUGAUAGCUAGUACUUACUACUACACUAAUAAAAGAGUUAUUUUUUU